AUUCCAUUCCAUUGAUUGAUUAUAUUUGUAUUGGAACUAGAACACAAAUGUGCAAAAAAGUUAAAUAGGUACUAACAGAUAAAGUAAUACUUCAUAAAAUGCCUACCGCGAGCGAAGAUGCGACUGAUGAGAGCAAAAGUUUAGUCCCUAAUGAUAGUAAUUCAGCUGAUACAAGUGAAACAGUGGAUGAUAAUGUAGAUAUCAACGCUCAGAUCGAUGAACAACGACGGCGAAUGCAACCGACCAAACUGGAAUCCUUUUUUGCCAUCACCAAAUCCCUAAUUAUUAGAGCAUUAGUAGUUUAUUUCAUAACAUCAAUGUUUAGACAACCUUCUGCACCAAAACCUGAUAUUAAUAAUCCCACAGGUACACCUCGUAUCCCAGCUAUCAAUAUGUUUGCAAAUGGUACAGUAUUGGAUAUGUACUGUUAUGUAUCUGAAAAAAAUCACCUAAUUGAUCUCAAUGAUGCUAGCCUUAUUUGGAAACAUAGUGGUUUAGUUUAUGGAGACUGGAAUGGAGGUCCCAAUGGUGAUGGUACUUUUACAUUUGAAAGUAGUAUUACAGCAUCUAAUUCUUUGAAAAAUAAUGGUUCAAUAUACCUUCAUGUUUAUUUAGUCCAGAAUGGAAAGUCACCAGAUUCUAAAGACAAAGAUAAUUAUGGUGGACCUUAUAUAACAUAUGGCAAUAAAAUGUUGAAUAAGUACAAAAAGUUGCGAUAUCAGAAAACUCACAAUUUAUUGACUGGUCAAACAGAAAAAUCUUUAGAAGAAGUACAAAAAGCUGAAACUUUAAAAGAGGAGAUUGUAUCUCAUUGGCAUCCUAAUUUGACUAUUAAUUUAGUGACAGAUCAAACUAAUUGGAUGCAAGGAAGUGUACCACCUCCGCUUGAUGAAUUUAUUGUAUUUUUGCCAGAAGGUAAAGAGUAUAAACCAGCUGUUUUCUUAAACGAUUACUGGAAUAUGAUGCGAGACUAUACUCCUAUUAAUAAAACUACUACAAAGCUGGAAUUGAAGCUGACAUACCAGCCCCUAAGUCUUUUUAAGUGGCAAUUGUAUACAGCUCAAGCUAUGAGGGACAAGUUGAGCAUGUUUUCAGCCUUGGGUGCUGAAGAACAGGAUGAAGAACAGGAUACAGUAAAAGAAUUGCUUUUGGAUACAUCUCCCUAUUUGCUGGGACUUACUAUUUCAGUUUCCGUUUUGCAUUCAAUAUUUGAACUACUUGCUUUCAAAAAUGAUAUUCAAUUCUGGAAUAAUAGACAGUCUUUAGAAGGACUGUCUGUGAGAUCAGUAUUUUUUAAUGUCUUUCAGUCAACAGUGGUUUUGUUGUAUGUUCUUGACAAUGAGACUAAUGUCAUGGUAAGAAUAUCCUGCUUUAUUGGCUUGUUGAUUGAAAUUUGGAAAAUUAAUAAAGUAAUGGAUGUGAAGGUAAAUAGGGAGGAGCGUAUAUUAGGAAUUCCCAAGUUGACAUUUACUGACAAAGGUUCAUAUGUUGAAUCUAGUACAAGGGAAUAUGAUAUAUUGGCAUUCCGAUACCUAAGCUGGGCCUGCUUUCCACUGCUCGUUGGAUACGGAGUGUACUCACUUAUGUACCAAGAACAUAAAGGAUGGUAUUCAUUUAUCCUUAACAUUAUGUAUGGGUACUUACUGACAUUUGGUUUUAUCAUGAUGACACCACAAUUGUUUAUAAAUUAUAAAUUGAAAUCUGUAGCUCACCUGCCAUGGCGUAUGAUGACUUACAAAUUUUUGAAUACUUUUAUAGAUGAUAUAUUUGCAUUUGUUAUCAAAAUGCCCACAAUGUACAGAAUAGGUUGCUUCAGAGAUGAUAUUGUUUUCUUUAUAUUUUUGUACCAAAGAUGGAUUUACAAGGUUGACCACAAACGUGUGAAUGAAUUUGGAUUUUCGGGAGAAAUGGAACAACAACAGAAAUUAUCAAAGAAUGGAACUGUUGCUAUCACAGAAGCUGGUGAGCAGUCUGCCGAUAAGAAGAAUGACUAGGAAAUUAUUAUUAUACAAGUAUAAUAAUUGUUUAUUAUUGUCUGUUUGAAUCUAUUUCAUUUUUAAAUGGAUUGUUUCAUUGUGAAUUGUUUUCCACAUUAUUUACAUUUAUCUAAUUGGUGUAGUAAAGAUAUUUAAGAUAGUAGUAUACUUUAUUAGUAUUUAAUAUUUAACAGCUUAAUAAUAAUAGU